UAAUCUCGGGAUCUACGAAAGAUAAGAGACCCAAAUUCUGUGAGAAAUAUAUUUUCUGAUUUAUGCUGUGGAGAGACAGUGAUAUUGUUGUGAACAAGACUUACAUUUGAAGCAGAAAUAUGAUAUUCUAAAAUGUUUCUUGCAAAGGAAGAAUGUCGAAGAAAAGUAUAGUAAAGUUGUGAUGGAUGUUUUUAUUUUACCAAUAUAAUAAACUAAAAUAGAAAACAAGGAAAACAACUACUCAUUAGUCGGAAAUAAUCUUCACUUUUCUUAGUGGGCGAACUGUAGGCUGAUGGUAACAAAAUAAAGGAUUAAUGCAAAGCAAUAUUCCCUUCAGUCUGUCUGGUAAAACUUGUGAUUUCAACGCUAACAAAGCACUGAUCUCGACAGUUAAAAGGGGGACGCUCUGCUAGUAUAUGAAAACUGCAUACAUCCGAGAGCGAUAGUGAUCCUAGUGUUACAUAUCAGCUUUCUGAAGAUGGAGACGGCGGACAACAGAAGGGAGAAAACCAAGAGUGGCGAAAAUGCCAAGGCGGAGCGCGGCGAGGAGAAAUAUGGAUUGCGGCCUCGCACAGUCAUCAAGAGGUUACAGCAAGAAAGGUUCAGACAAGAGGUAUCGCCCAAGAGGCCAGGGCGCUCGAAGUCCAGGCCAGCACCACUAUCCAAGUACAGGAGAAAGACAGCUAACGCUCGGGAACGUCACCGCAUGAGAGACAUAAACAAUGCAUUCGAUUCGCUGCGAAAAGUUCUCCCAGAGGCCAUGGAGGUUCACGCGAGCCCGUCAUCCAUGACAAAGAUCACGACCCUCCGUCUGGCCGUCAGCUACAUCAGGGCGCUGACGGAGGUGCUGGAGGAUGACACGGAUAAUGAUCUUUUGGCCCUCCAGAACAGUCUUCAGAACUCUCUCCAGCAGACCCUGCACAAGUCGCUAAAUCACUCCUUCCAGAAGAAAUCUGCUUCGGAGAGCAUGGGGUCAAGCACCUGCGAACCUGAUGCAUCGCACUUUUCACACCAGUACAUAUCUCAGCUUCCCCAGGCGAGCUCCUUUUCCUCAUCAAACACCUCGGCAUCCUACUCUCCCUCCACGGCCCGUGGGUCACUCAGCAGCGCCAGUGACCUCGAGGAAUUACUCUCCGAUGAUUCUGGGCUUCUGGAGGACAACCUUGACGUCUUUCAUGACAUUCCGACGUUGUCCGAAGCAGUUCCAAUAGAUAUUCUCCUUGUGCCAGAGAAGAACAGCCUUCCCUUCUCAACACAGCUGUGUAGUUAA